UUCAACUACCGCGCACUGUCUCACCAACCCCUAUAUGCCUCAGCCUCGGCGGCGAGCCGGCUCCGGCCACCUAUAAGUAACCCCCGCCCCGCUCCUCUUCCUCCCAGGAGACACCGCGCCCGCCUCCCGCACGCACCGCCUCCUCGUCCAUUGCCGAAAGGGACCCUAACCGUAGGACUUAACACCCAACUCGCCGCCGCAUUCCGUUCGCAAUGGCGCUCGCCACCACCGCCGCCGCCGCCGCCGCGGCAGCCGCCAUCUCCGGAGGAGCCGUAUCGCAGCCCCGCCGAACGCCGGCGUUCAUCCCGCUGAAGCGCCGCGCCACCAUCCGCGCCGUCCACGCCGUGGAGCCGUCGAAGAACCCCGCCGUCGCGGCCGCCGCGAAGACCUCGUCGCCGACGGUGGCGCCGGAGAACGACGCGCCCCCGGCCCCGACUUCGAAGUCGCAUGCGUCUCCUCCAGGGCCGGUGAAGUGGACGGUGGACAGCUGGAAGACGAAGAAGGCGCUGCAGCUGCCGGAGUACCCCGACGCCGCGGCGCUGGAGGCGGUGCUGAAGACGAUCGAGGCCUUCCCGCCGAUCGUGUUCGCCGGGGAGGCCCGGCGCCUGGAGGAUCGCCUCGCCGACGCCGCCAUGGGCCGCGCUUUCAUCCUUCAGGGUGGCGACUGCGCCGAGAGCUUCAAGGAGUUCAACGGCAACAACAUCCGUGACACCUUCCGCAUCCUCCUCCAGAUGUCCGCUGUCCUAAUGUUCGGUGCCCAAAUGCCCGUCGUCAAGGUUGGUAGGAUGGCCGGGCAAUUCGCGAAGCCGAGGUCGGAGGCGUUCGAGGUGAGGGACGGGGUGAAGCUGCCCAGCUACCGGGGGGACAACAUCAACGGCGACGCGUUCGACGAGAAGAGCCGCAUCCCCGACCCCCAGAGGAUGAUUCGGGCGUACGCCCAAUCGGCCUCGACGCUCAACCUACUUCGCUCGUUAGCCACCGGAGGCUACGCCGCCAUGCAGCGCGUCACGCAGUGGAACCUGGAUUUCACCGAACACAGCGAGCAGGGCGACAGGUACCGUGAAUUGGCACAUAGGGUUGAUGAAGCCCUUGGCUUCAUGUCUGCAGCUGGGCUAACAGCGGACCACCCCUUGAUGAAUAGCACUGAAUUCUGGACCUCUCAUGAGUGCCUCCUCCUGCCCUAUGAGCAAGCUCUAACCCGUCAGGACUCCACUUCUGGUAUUUACUAUGACUGUUCUGCCCACAUGCUCUGGGUUGGUGAGCGCACUCGCCAGCUCGAUGGUGCUCAUGUUGAGUUCCUCAGGGGUAUUUCUAACCCUCUUGGCAUCAAGGUGAGUGACAAAAUGAACCCUAGGGACUUGGUGAAACUGAUUGAGAUAUUGAAUCCAUCAAACAAGCCUGGGAGAAUUACCAUCAUUACAAGGAUGGGGCCGGAGAACAUGAGGGUCAAGUUACCUCAUCUUAUCCGUGCUGUCCGCCAUGCUGGACAAAUUGUCACCUGGAUCACUGAUCCCAUGCACGGGAACACCAUUAAGGCUCCUUGCGGUCUAAAGACUCGUCCUUUUGACUCCAUUCUGGCUGAGGUACGGGCCUUCUUUGAUGUACAUGAGCAAGAGGGAAGCCACCCGGGAGGUGUCCACCUUGAGAUGACUGGGCAAAACGUAACUGAAUGCAUUGGUGGAUCACGCACUGUGACCUUCGAUGACUUGGGCGACCGCUACCACACUCACUGUGAUCCAAGGCUGAACGCGUCGCAGUCUCUGGAGCUCUCAUUCAUCAUCGCCGAGAGGCUAAGGAAGAGGAGGAUCCGGUCAUCAUCUGGGCUCAACGGUAUCUUGCCUUUGCCACCCUUUGGUCUCUGAAUGAGUAGACGGGGCAGGAUAUAGAUACGUGUAGUCCAUUUGUUGGUGGUUGCUCCUGGUAAAAUCAUAUACCUGUGAGCUUUCUUCGAGCCGGGGAGGAUCUGUUUGAAUUUUAUCGUUUGCUUUGGUAAAUACUAUGUAAUGCUAUGUAUGACUGCACGCGCCGACGCUUAGUUUUCUAUUUGUAUCAUGUAUAAGAGAAUAAUAAAGCAAGAUAGAUGAGAUGGCUUUGUGAAUAA